UGUAACAAGCGGAAAAUAGAGACAGUUUCGGUUUGUGUUUCCAGGGCUAUAUAUUAGGGUGCUAUAUGUGUAUUUUGUGAGUUACGAAGAUGUUAUAAAGUGAAGUUUAGAUCCUUGGACGUAAGCUAAAUGUUAUUUUUCUUCUCUCACAGGUGAAGAUCUGGUUUCAAAACAAGAGGUCCAAGUGCAAGAAGAUUAUGAAGACAGUUAACUCAGGCGGGCCGUGUGUGCCUCAGGGUGCCCCGGUAGGGCCCGGGUCUCCUCUCACCUCCUCUCCCAUGUCAGUCACCUCUCCUCUACUCACCUAUACAACCCCUACCCCUAUCAGUCCCCCACCCCAGGCGCUGUCCCCGGCUCAGCCCUAUACAACUCUAGCUCCUAUCCAUCACCCUCGAUCCCUACCAUCGCCUGGGGCCUGUCCACCGGGGCAUCCUUACUGGCAGCAGCAGCAUGACUCGCCCCAGCUCCCACCAUCCCAUUCUAUCCCACAGGCAUCCCAGCCCGGGUCACCUAUCCCACAUGUCCAACAGCAACUCCAUCACCAUCACUCAGCUUCUUCAGACUCCCUUUCACAGUCUUCUCUCCCUAACUAUCCUCCCCACACGGCCUCUCCUCACUCCCACCCACAACACCCCCACCCACAGCACCCCCACCACCUGCCCCCGCACGCCCACGGCCCACCCCAGCACCCGCCCACGCCCACCAGCCAGUCGCACGACAAUCAUGGGUCGCCCCACCUGUGUCCCCCAGGGCCGCCGUGUCCGCCCCAGCACCAUAUGAACCACCCACCCCACGGGGGAUACAUGCCGCCCACCUCCAUAGCACCGCCCGUGUCCUCGGCUGACCACAUGUCCUUGCCGCCCACCGCCUCGUCGCCAGGCCUGGCCGCCCACCACUGGGACAUGAAGCCGCCCGUGUCGGCGCCCUACAUGUACUCCUGGUACGCCCCGGACCAACAGCAUCUCCUCACUUAAGUCACUCAUCUUAAUAUGCUGGCAACCCGGGCCAGGGGCCACCAUCAACUACAGGGCCAAGGGGGCCCUCAGCGGCCCACCUACGGCCCUCUGUGUGGCCCUCUGGUGGCCCGCGGCGUGACAGCCGGGACCAAAGAUGAAAAAAGCAACCCAAGAGCGCAUCCCAAAGAUUUUGUGCAAUAUACUCGCCAUAUUGGCGAUGAUAUUGUAGAAAUUAUUACGAGAGCUAAGCCUCAGAGCUGGUUCAAAGUCCCUGGCCAUCAAGAGUUGGGUCUGGACCACUACGCCGUAGUCACAAUGAUGCUGGAAGCUUCCCAUAGUCACACGCCGAAGGAACUUCGCCGAACGUCGAGGACAAACAGGAGUCGAGUUUUAUCGACAGCGACUCUUUGUUAUCCCGAUAGGAAAGUGCAUUAAGAAUACUUCACCGAAGGAAAAGGAACUUAGCGAGCGAGCUGCGAGUCUCACUUCCUUUACCAGGAUGUAUAUAUAUAUAUAUAUAUAUGACCCUGAAGAGCCGUGGAGGCUGUCGAAUUCUGCAUCUAUGUGAGCAGUCUACUCUGUUAAUGUUUCAUAAUGUCUUACCAAGUCUUAGUAUUGUAUUCUGACGCGACUGUUCAAGCCGCGGCAUUUCAAUUUGACCUACCUGACCGCAGUUAAAUAUUUAUAUAUGUUGUUCUGACGUACACAGUCGCAAUAUGUUGCUAAAAUGUCUAUCUGUGAGAUAUUGCAUUAUGAUCUAAUUAUCUGAGCAGGUCUCAGAUAUAAUUAUUACUGAUAAAAGGUUGAUUCGCCACAUUGUAAUGAGAAAGUCGAUUUUAUAUAUCGUCAGCUUUCGGGACCUCAAAAGAGAGUAAUCUAGAAGGAAAGUCUCAGCUAUGGAGCACUUUCUUGGCCAUCAACAUCAAUCAAGAUUCCUGAGAGAUAUCAUCAAAAGAUGAUUCUAAUUCAAAGCAUCAACAUCAACUCUCUCUCUCGCGAAUCGCCAACUCUUAAAUAGCGAUUGAGCACUUAGCCGCGCUGGUGAAAGUCUUCAAGCAUUUACAUACAAGCAGGAAAAAUAUGUAGUUUGCGCAUCUAUAAAAAUCCCACAUGAAGACUUUAUUCUAAUUAAAAAAAUGGAUAGUCAAAAAACAUCUUCACUUGCUUGACGCGUUGAAACCUUUCCUGUGGAAUAUGUAUUGCUAUUAAACAAGAUAGUUACAAAAAAAGAUUAAAAGCCAAAAAAAAUAAUUCAACAUCUGUUAAAAAUAGUAAGAUUUAUCUGUGAUUGAAACUUACCCAAAGAACUAAUUACGUUGUGUGUGGGUUUGGGGCGGCCGGAUUCAGGCUUAUGUCAACAGUCUACCUAAUUAAGGUCUGGAAAUGGGCAACCAGUCGUUAGUAAUUACGGUCAGUGUACAUUUUGUACAGUCUCUGGGUAGUGUACAUUUUGUACAGUCGUCGACCAGUACACAACAGUCGUCGACCAGUACACACAAGUCGUCGACCAGUACACACACAACAGUCGACCAGUACACACACAAGUCGUCGACCAGUACACAACAGUCGUCGACCAGUACACAACAGUCGUCGACCAGUACACACAAGUCGUCGACCAUUACACACACAACAGUCGACCAGUACACACACAAGUCGUCGACCAGUACACAACAGUCGUCGACCAGUACACACAACAGUCGACCAGUACACACACAAGUCGUCGACCAGGACACAUCAGUCGUCGACCAGUACACACACAAGUCGUCGACCAGGACACAACAGUCGUCGACCAGUACACAGACAGCACUACAAGAAAGCCAAAUUACAUUAAAAUAGUAAUAAUAGAUUAUCACUAUUGACUGCAGGUGUACUCUAUUCGGCUACAUUUCUCGCUCUGAAUCUCUCUCUAUCUCUUAAUCAUUAUCUCUCUAUCUCUCUGUCUCCCUCCCUCACACGCCCUUUCCCCUAUCUAUCCUUUCUCUUUCCCUCUCUCUCUCUCUGUCUCCCUCCCUCACACGCCCCUUUCCCCUAUCUAUCCUUUCUCUUUCCCUCUCUCUCUCUCUGUCUCCCUCCCUCACACGCCCUUUCCCCUAUCUAUCCUUUCUCUUUCCCUCUCUCUCUCUCUGUCUCCCUCCCUCACACGCCCUUUCCCCUAUCUAUCCUUUCUCUUUCCCCCUCUCUCUCUCUGUCUCCCUCCCUCACACGCCCUUUCCCCUAUCUAUCCUUUCUCUUUCCCUCUCUCUCUCUCUCUUACUCCCUCCUCUCUUUCUCUUUCGGGUUUUCCAGUGUAUUGUAUUAUUUUCCAUAUCAUGUGUCUUAUAUUUCAUGACUGGUUUAGUAAUGUUGGUAUUUUUUUAUUUAAUAAAUGUUAUUUUAAAAUUGAA